AAAAGAACAGAAAAUUAAUCUUGGCUGUUUAUAUAUUGUGAUUGCUAUGAAUACUGUAUUUGUUUUUCCUAAAUUAAAAUUGCACGCGUUGUAAAGUUUUCAUGCAGUGUCACAUCAUAUGCUUAACUUGGAAGGACUUUUGUAACUAUCGAUAAAUUUUGUCAAAGCACACUGCACGUAUGUUGGCAAUAACUAUUUAGGAUUCGAAAAGAGAAUAUAUUUUGUGUAAAACUGUUAAAGAAAUGAUGGAACAACUGCUUGUCGAUGCUAAAAGAUUGAUGUUGAAGAUGAAAGAGGAUGAUAACGCUGCAGACAUGCUGGUCACUGAAGGAACGAAUCUUCUCAACAGAAUAAAAGCCAUGAAACAGUAUAGAGAAGAUAUAACCAAACUCAAUGAACUUGCAAAGCACAGACCGAAGAGCACAUUGUUGCUGGGAAGUAAAGAGGAAAGCACAAGAAUAGCAGAACUGCAGCAAGAAAAUAUUGAUCUUCAAACAACAUUGGAGGAUCAUCAGUCAGCACUAGAACUCAUUAUGAGUAAAUACAGAGAACACAUAUUUAGUUUGGUGUCCGCCAACAGACUGGAUGCCGAAGUAUUAAAAACCAAAUUUUCGAAUAAAGAACAAUCAAAGACAGAGCAAAUCUGUGAAAUGGCCAGCGUCAUGUCAAAAGCAAUACAAAUUGACGACGCUGCCAUUCAAGAAGAAGAAGAAAGACACGCUGCUCUUGAGUUUGAAAAUCAGGGUUUACGCGAACUUCUUCACAUAAGUGGUAUUUCUCGCUCCGAAUUUGAAGAGUUUCAAAAGGAACGCGAGCGACAGCGAGGAUCAUCUACACCGACAAUGUCAGAUUAGAUUAGACUUGAAAAGCUAUUAUUUAGUUAGUCAACGGGCUGCAUAUUAGUAAUAAAAACUUCGAAAUAAUUUUUAAACGUCAACAUAAAUACAUUUGGGAAGCAUUCCAAUCUUUCAAAUAGAAUGUAAACGUACAUGGUAUGUUAUGUUUGAUAAUGCGAAAAUGCAUCGAUAUCCGGAGUGUA